CUAAGUGCUAGACGCAGCACUAAAGACGCCAGCAAUGACAUUUGGAGCCUUUUCAUCCAUAGCAACCACAACCCCUGCAAUAUUUUCUUUACUCUACCUGAUACGACGUCUUCGAUUUAUUUCGACUGAGGGCAUAUCGGGGCUCUUUGUCCACGGCUCGACCAUCUCCUAUAGGGCCCAUAUUCGACUGUGCUUUAGGCUUGACGAACUAUCCGCCAAGCGAGCCAUCCAUCGUCAACAUUCACAUGCCAGCUAUCGUAACCAAAUAAUAACAAAGGCAGCUCCGACAAGAUGCCGCGGCUCGUACGGAAGAGACCGUUCAUGGAACGCGUCAAGAUCAUGCUGAAUCCUAUGGAUUUCCUGCUGUGGCUCUCCGAAGAGAUCGAAACCUAUGACUGGAGCUCCAAGACGGUCGGUACACAGCUCGGCCUGGUCAUGAACUUCGUUUUCCUCAUCGCCCGCGCCAAUAGUGGCGGUGCACGCGCAGCAGAUCCCGUAUUCGAGGAUGGUUCGAGCACUUCAGGGUGGAUAGCUUAUCUACUUGGGGUAAUUGUCUGGUUUCUGAUCGGCUUCUCUGCCGUCAACGCCUACUAUACCAUGUACCGGUCGCGCAAAUACCGACUCUUCGAAGCUGAUGUCGAGAAGAAGCUGGAAACACAUUCUGCCCGUCGCGUUCGCGUACAAUCGUCACCUGUUUCGUCAUCCCCGCUCCGCUUACUGGCAGAUGUUAUUAGUCCCGAAAGUGCAGAGUCGAGAGCGCAUCCGGAUAGCACGCGGGAUGUAUGGGAGAUAUCGAUGUGGGAUCCCCUUCCCAUAUGCCUGCGCAUAUUCUGCCUAUUUGGCCCCGGGCAUAUUCUCGUCUACAUGAUGUUCCUCCCUUUGGCGCCACUUGACGCAAGGCCAAGCGUCACCGUCUUCAACUGUCUUGUGCUUCAAGUCAUCCUAUCCAUUCAGCUUAUGCUAUUCCAGUCCCGGUUCUCGCAGCAAAAUAAGGAUUCAUCGGUGAUACAGAAAGAAGUCAUGCAUGAAUAUGACACCAAGUUUGUUCACCCUCUCAUGUACCCUACUGUCAGAGACGCAGGCACCCAGUUCGCCAGAGACGAUUUCGGUAACGACACGGAUUUUGUUGAGGUUGGGACACCUACAGUACAGCUUCGCAGAGGUUUUAAGACUCGUCCCAAUCCGAACUAUACGAAACACAUCGACCCAGAUCAUUCAACAAGCUCAAAAUACACGAGCAGCUCGGCAAGCCCAGCAUUAUUUACCCCAACUGCCGCCCCAAGACAUACCGGUCAGUUUGGCGGUGAAGUCCGGAAUCGGAUGCUUUCAGCUCAACCGGCACGACGAAGUACGCCUGGACCUACGCCAUUGAGGGAAGGCACGAAUCAGCCAGUGGCCUAUACAUCUACUGGGACUGGUGGUGGUGGAGGAGGUUAUAUGGGGGUGAUGAAUCAUCCGAACUCCCCCCUGAAGAAGGCCCCAAGCCUUGGUGAGCUCCAAUUCAGGUCUCCACGCACCAAUGGAGAGAUGGCUCAGCUAGAACAAUAUCAGUCGCUUCAAAGAGACCGAAGCUCCACUCCAAUGAAGAGCGCGAGGAAAAGUGCUGGUGCCGCCACCACAUCUCUAAACCCUUCUACAUCUAAUAGCUGGGGUCGACGGAACGCUUCCUCUUCCUACGAGAGAUACCCUUCCAUGUUUCAGUAGGCAAGUUGGUAUAUGGGGAUGUCGUGGGAUUGUACAUAUGGACUAGAGGCUGUAGGAUGUCUGCUGACUGUAUGUUAUUGCUCGGCCAGCUACACACGUGUAGUUAUUACACAGGAGCAUAUGCAUUUAUGGCGCUGGGGUGAUUCAUGGGCCGGCGUUUGCUGUACUUAACUGAUACUUCCAUUUGUUGCGUGGGUGGAGAUGGCAUCUAUUUGCCAUGAAUAUCGAACAUACCUUGAGUGCUUGUUCAGCACUUUGACCCGACCUCUCUGUCUACCACCGAGCAAGAUAGGAUAGGGGAAUAGCUACGUGGGCUAUGAGGAUUGCCAAACUUUAAUACCUUUUGCCUUUUGCCUUGCUUCGAUAUACCUUGUCUUGCAUACUUUGUG